GUUAAGAAUUUAACAUUUUGUUUUCAAUAUCCUUAAGGACUUCCAUCCUGAUGGUUGGCUUCUACACAUGUUAUAAAUCGAGCUGUUAAUUCAUUCGGUAGCUUUUGUAAGGCUCAAACGUAACAUCCCGGAUUUUAUUGCCUAUGGUGUUGUUGUUGAAUAAAUAAACAAAUAAAGAAAAUACGACAUUUCGCGUAUGUUUAAACGCAUCAAGUUAAGCAGCUCAUUCUGCACUUCAGGAUAAUGAGUCUGGCCCGAGGAUGUGAUUAGGUCAUCAGACAAGCUAACGCUUUUUAUUCAGAAUGGUGUACAGGAGGAGUAUUUGGACGGGCGUUAGUAUUCUAUUCAUUGUGCUUGUUGUUUCUGCCCUGACGUUCUACUUAAGUUUGGGACCAUGUCCCCGAGGAACAUUUGCUUGUGACAAUGGAGCACUAUGCUUGACACAACGUAAGAUAUGCGAUGAACGUCCGGAUUGCAAGGAUAAAAGCGAUGAACACCCCGUUGAAUGCGGAAUGUUGUAUGGCAGCAUGGAGUUAAUAUCGAAUAUAGUGAUAAAAGCCCAUUCAAGUAGUAAUGCUACAGCUACUUCCACCAAAGAUUGUGAAGUUCAAACAUAUCCCAAACAGUGCUUGUGCAAAAAUGCAAAAAUACACUGUGGCCGCCAUUCAAUGGUUACUGAAAUUCCAAAGUUAAGCAAAGAAAUAACACAUCUAAUGGUUGUAGGCAGCAGCAAUUUAACUUUACAAAACGAUUCAUUUCAAGGACUUAAUAAUCUAAAUUAUCUUUCGUUAAUGCAUAACAACAUAUCAACAAUUCCAAUUGCAACAUUUUUCAGUCAAACAAAUUUAGAAAAGCUGAAACUAAGUUAUAAUAAAAUUGAAACACUGCCUAAAGGUUCAUUUCGGGGCCUUAUAUCAUUAGAAUGGCUUUUUCUUAACUCAAAUCGAUUGAGGGAAUUUUCAUUUGACAAUUUGAUGGACAUGCCAAAGCUUCAGUGGUUAAAUUUAACCGACAAUUGGUUAACAUUGGAAGGAGAUCGAUUUCCCAGAAUGGAGUAUAUCUACGAUAUUUGCCUGAGUUUCAAUGCAAUCUCUUCAAUAGACGAUGAAGUCUUCAAGCAGCUGGAUAAGCUACAUUUGUUGGGUUUGAAUUACAACAAAAUAACUCACAUCCAUGCGAGGGCAUUUGCAGGACUCCAAAGCAUACGAGACAUACAAUUGAUGGGGAAUCCUUUAAAAUCCUUAUCGGCUGAAACAUUUGCAAGGAAUAAUUUAUUGGACGCACUCUGGCUUGGUCAUACAUCACUCACUAUCAGCUCUGAACUUUUGAUCAAUGUUAAUCUAUCUUACCUCAAUUUAAAUGGAAUACCAUUUCAAAAUAUAAACUUCCAUGCUAUCGCCGAAAUUACCAAUCUCAAAUACAUUGUUUUUGAAAAAUUCUACUUUUGUUCGAUGGCACUACAAGUGCGAAAUUGUAAACCAAACUCGGAUGGAGUGUCUUCAUUUCAAGACCUUCUAACAAAACCAGUACUACGAUACUCUACAUGGAUUAUGGCAUGUAUUAUUUUGAUUGGAAACCUGAUGGUUCUUUGGGGAAGAUUCAUUUAUCGUGAUGAAAAUCGUGGAGUUACUAUGGUCAUUCGGAAUCUUGCUCUAUCCGACAUUCUUAUGGGUUUCUAUUUAUUCUGCAUUGCAAUUCAAGACUAUCGUUUUCGCAAUCAAUACCAUAAGUUGGCUCGAGAUUGGAUCAGUUCGUGGAAAUGUGCUGCUAUUGGUGUUUUAGCUGUGACCUCAUCGGAAGUAUCAAUGCUGAUCUUAGCUUUCAUGUCAUUGGAACGAUUUUUAUUAAUUGCACAUCCAUUUCGUGCCCAUCAUCGCUUGAAUCCAAAAAAUAUUUUCAUUUCUUUACUUUUGAUUUGGUUGAUUGGUGCUGGAGUAGCUAUUGCACCAGCUGUAUUUUGGCGAUCAAGUACGAUGUUUUAUGGAACUUAUUCAGGAACUUGUUUUCCAUUGCACAUGCAAGAACCGUAUCCAUUGGGAUGGCAGUAUUCAGCAUUUAUAUUUCUUGGAAUGAACUUUUUCUUGUUGAUGUCGAUAAUUGUUUUGUACACAGCUCUUAUGGUGUCAAUUUGCAGAACUAGAAAAGCUACACCGUUGUCACUAUUGGAUUGUGAAUUUGCUGUAAGAUUCUUUUUCAUAGUUUUGACAGAUGUCAUGUGUUGGGCGCCAAUUAUAGUUAUGAAAAUUUGGGCUUUCUUUCGUUACCACAUAUCAGAUGACACUUACGGAUGGCUUAUUAUAUUUAUUUUGCCACUCAAUUCAGCUGUUAAUCCACUGUUGUAUACAUUUACUACACCCAAAUAUAGAAAACAAAUACUUUUGCGUGGUUGGCAGAAAUUCACAGCGCGAAAGAAAAUGGAAGCUUCAGCUACGGGAACAGGAUCAAAUCCAGAUGACACACAAAGUAAGGGAAUACCUUUGCUGUACAAUACAACCAGAACACAAAGUACAUGAAGACUUUACAGUAUUUUGCAGUGUAUUUUUUGUAUUACAAAUGGUUUCAUAUUGUAUUUAGAUAAGAAAAAAAGAACAAAACAAUUUAUUUACUAGUCAUAAAUUAAUUAGAUGUAUUUAUGUAUGGUAAAAAUGCUUUGGAAUAUAAUAUACAAUAAUAUAUUGA